AUGACCGGGUUGGCUCGGCCCUGUGUCGUGAUGAUUCAGGUUGGCUCUGCCCUGUGUUGUGAUGACUGGGUUGGCUCUGCCCUGUGUCGUGAUGAUCGGGAUGGCUCUGCCCUGUGUCGUGAUGAUCGGGUUGGCUCUGCCCUGUGUCGUGAUGACCGGGUUGGCUCUACCCUGUGUCGCUCUACCCCGUGUCGUGAUGACCAGGCUGGCUCUGCCCUGUGUCGCUCUACCCCAUGUCGUGAUGACCAGGCUGGCUUUGCCCUGUGUCGCUCUACCCUGUGUCGUGAUGACCAGGCUGGCUCUGCCCUGUGUCGCUCUACCCUGUGUCGUGAUGACCAGGCUGGCUCUGCCCUGUGUCGCUCUGCCUCGUGUCGUGAUGACCGGGCUGACUUUGCCCCGUGUCGUGAUGAUCGGGUUGGCUCUACCCUAUGUCGCUCUACCCCGUGUCGUGAUGACCGGGCUGGCUCUACCCUGUGUUGCUCUACCCUGUGUCGUGAUGACUGGGCUGGCUCUGCCCUGUGUUGCUCUACCCCGUGUCGUGAUGAUCGGGCUGGCUCUGCCCUGUGUCGCUCUACCCCGUGUCGUGAUGACCGGGCUGGCUCUGCCCUAUGUCGCUCUACCCCGUGUCGUGAUGACCGGGCUGGCUCUACCCUGUGUUGCUCUACCCUGUGUCGUGAUGACUGGGCUGGCUCUGCCCUGUGUUGCUCUACCCCGUGUCGUGAUGACCGGGCUGGCUCUGCCCUGUGUCGCUCUACCCCGUGUCGUGAUGACCGGGCUGGCUCUGCCCUGUGUCGCUCUACCCCGUGUCGUGAUGACCGGGCUGGCUCUGCCCCGUGUCGUGAUGACUGGGCUGGCUUUGCCCUGUGUCGCUCUGCCCCGUGUCGUGAUGAUCAGGCUGGCUCUGCCCUGUGUCGCUCUGCCCCAAGAGAAGUAACUGACGGACGACCAAACCACAAGAGAAGUAAAUGA